AUGGGUUCGCACAUGCAGGUGCAGCCUCAUGCCGAAACCUUGUUCCACUUGGUGCCGACCAACCUGGUCGCCGAGGAGGCACUACAGCAUCCUGACAACAGGCGCUUUGUGUCGACUUCCGAAGAAGGUCGCUUCGGUCUUGAGGUUGGCUUUCAUGUGCCGUCCACGGCUCGCGGCCAUGUCAUUACUAGACUCGGACGAAAUGCAGACAUAAUUCUCCGGUCAAGUACGCCCAGCAAUCCCAUGUCGGCGGUCCAUGUCGCCUUCGAGUUCCAUCCCGCAACAGAACUUGUGCGACUAUCAGUCCGAUCAAAGCGUCUUGCCUCGGUGGAAUUUGGCAUACUACAUACCCAAGGCAAUGCAGCAUCCAACCGCGCUGAGAUGGGAAAGAUCACCGGAGAUGGUGUUAUUCUCUAUGGCCAGAACUACCGCCUUAUUAUUGAACAUUACACGUUCAAUUUGGUGUGGAAGCACUUUAGUCAAGACCUCGGAGCCAACACCGAAUCCCUCAGGGCCCUUGCCGUCCGAGGGUACUAUACCUCCCUACAACGGGUACAAAACGUCAGAUCCCGCGACCGCCCUACAGAAUAUGAUCACUCUGAAGCGCUGUCGUGGCACAUUACUAGGCUGAGUACGACGAAAGAUGCCCCUUUACAAGAUAUCAAGGCACUACGAACAAUUCUGGGCAAGGGGUCAUUUGGCAUGGUCUACGAAGCAGUCGACCGGGUCACUGGCAAUACGUUUGCCGUCAAGGUUGUCUCGCUCGAACGCAACGCCGAUGAUGCCCAAGCCCAAGCAGCCCGAGCUUGUCUCCACAGAGAAAUCAAAGUCAUGCAGCGUUUAAAACAUAAGCACAUUAUCGAGUAUCUCGGGCACCAACUCCUCGACACCCUCAAGCCAGAGAUCUUCAUGCCCCGACGCAAGGGAAACCUGAAGUCGCUCGCCGAAGAACGCGACCUGCCCAUGACGCAUCAAGACCUCAUCUUCCAAGUUGCGGAACAGAUGCUUAGCGCCCUCGACUACUUGGAAUGUCAGGGAUCUCUAAUCCACAGAGACAUAAAGCCAGAGAAUAUUCUAUACUCCCCCGAAGGUGAGAAGAACUAUCUUUUCCAGCUGGCUGAUUUUGGGCUCGCCAAUUACCUUACGUUGGCCACAACAUUUUGUGGUACGGGCCAUUAUCAAGCUCCAGAGCUAUACCCUGGCGUGAGCGGCAUCGAUGCCCCUCAAAGCCACAAGAUGGAUGUCUGGUCCCUCGUUGCAACCCUUGUGGCCGUGCACCCAGCCACGGAUUUCCCGCCAAAGACCCCUACUAGUUACGCCGUUAUCCUGAGGACACUGGUGCGUUAUGCCUCGGAAUCAAUAUUCGAGCCCAUGGGAAGGGAGAAUCCGGCACGUCGGGCAUCAGCUGCUCAAAUGCUCGUCAAGCUCUUUGACGGCAGGGGUCUGACAACUCCUCUGUCAAGAGUCCCGCCAAUCCCACCACCCGAGAACCAGGUGCCGGCUGCCCACGUUGUGAGCAACCAUGGAAGGCCAGGGAGUCGUGACAGGGUUCAUAAUACCCGGCAACAGGCAAGGCGCACACCUCGUGUUCAGCCCUUGAUCACAUAUCCGCCGGAACUACGAACAGCCCGAAGAAACCCCCAGCGCGCACUACAGCCGAGGCCGAAUGGUGUACGAGGCGGCGGAAUAUCCAAGCGCCAGGGCGAACCCAGACAAUCUCAAAGGACACCAGUUUACGAUUACCGUAUGGAUCUCAAUUAA